CCUCCCUUCAUAUGAUCCAAAAUAACUCGAUAAAUCGUAAAUCGCAGUACUAGCAAUGGCGGAGUUCAUUUGGAUAAAAAAGGCUCUCUUCCUCACCACAUCGUUUCUCGCCUUGCUCUGCGGCUACACCACCAAAUCGGACGUGAACCAGGUCACCGGCUGGUCAUGCUCCGGCCCCAAAAACGCCACCCUAGACGCCGAGUCCCAAGCCAAUCUCAACACUCUCCUCAAAUCACUAUCCGACAAGGCACCAAAAAGCAACGGCUUCUCCCAAACACACACCGGAAAAGGUGACAAGAGGCUGUACGGCCUCGCCCAGUGCCGCGGCGACGUGUCGGCGGCGGACUGCCGGCACUGCCUGCGGAACGCCACGUGGACUUCAUCCGCCCAGUGCGCCGCGCGCCGCGAAGGGAUCGUGUGGCUCCGGUGGUGCCUGUUGCGUUACUCCGACGCAAUCUUCUUCGGCACGUGGGACAGGGCCGGGAUCGCGAGGGUGAACCAGACGACGCCGUUUGAGGACCCGAGCGUGGUCCCCAGAGGGGUCGAUCUGAUGAACGGGCUGGCGGGGACCGCACCGCGACACGUGUCGAUGUUCGAUACGAACGCGGUCGACGUGGGCCCGCUCGAGAGGCGAUUCGGGAUGGCGCAAUGCACGAGGGACGUGGAUCCCGCGGGUUGCAGGGAGUGCCUCGUGGCCCAGCUGGAGACGUUCAGGGCGAGGAUCGGGAACAGAAGAGGGUGGGAGAUUUACGGGUCGAGCUGCAGCUUGUGGUAUCACGAUUACCGGUUUUAUUUCGAUUCCGUUACUACUAAUCAAGAUUGA